UGGGGGCCGGUUUGACUCUUCCGUGGAUCUUUCCCCACCCCGGUCUCUUCUCUGCUUCGGCUCUGCCACGACACCAUGACUUUUGCGGACAUCUUGGACAAUUUAGGAGGGAUGGGGCGUUUCCAGAGGACGCUGGUGACUUUCCUAGCCAUCCCACUGCUGAUGCUGGCCAGCCACAACCUCCUGCAAAAUUUCACUGCCGGGAUCCCGCAGCAUCGCUGCCAGGUCCGCCUCGCCUCCAAUUACACACGCCAGGGCAACAGCACCCUCCGAAACCUGGCAGCCGAUCAGCUGCUCCGGAUCUCCAUCCCGACGGACAGGAAUCAACAAGCCGAGAAAUGCCGGCGUUUCGUGGCCCUGCAGUGGCAGUUCCUGGACCCGAAUGCGACUCUUAGCAACGAGACCGUGUUUGACACUGAAGCAUGUUCAGACGGUUGGACCUACGACCGGACCUUGUUCACCAACACGAUCGUCAGUGAGUGGAAUCUAGUGUGCGAAUCCCGGUCACUGAGGCAAAUGGCCCAAUCCAUUUACAUGGCCGGCGUGUUGAUCGGAUCGCUGCUGAUCGGAAGUCUCUCAGACAGGUUUGGCAGGAGAGCCCUGAUCGUUUGGUGCUACCUGCAGAUGGGGGCAGCAGGAGCGGGCACCACCUUCGCGCCCAAUUUCACCAUUUACUGCAUCCUCCGUUUCCUGUGCGGGAUGGCGAUGUCCGGCAUUUCCCUCAAUUCGGUUUCUCUCUGCAUGGAGUGGAUUCCCAGCAAAUACCGGGCCAUCGUUGGGACGAUCAACGGCUACUGCUACACAACUGGGCAGUUCAUCCUGGCCGGGAUGGCUUAUCUCAUCCGCGACUGGCGUUGGCUGCAGCUGACCGUCUCCCUCCCUUACUUCAUCUUCUUUCUCUACUCAUGGUUAUUCGUCGAAUCGGCCCGCUGGCUGGCCAUUUCGGGCAAUCAAGAGAAGGCGGUAAAGGGGCUGAAGAAGGCAGCCUGGAUUAACGGGAAGAAGGAAGAAGGCAAUAAACUCAGUGUGGAGGUUUUGAAAGCCAGCAUGCAGACAGAGCUGUCCUCCACAAAAUCAAGCCACAGUAUGGCCGAUCUGGUGCGGACGCCUGCCAUGCGCAAAAUUUCCUGCGGCGUGAGCUUUGUUUGGUUUGCCACCAGCUUUGCUUAUUAUGGGCUGGCCAUGGACUUGCAAAACUUCAACUUCGACAUCUAUCUGGCCCAGCUAGUCUUUGGGGCCGUCGACAUUCCAGCCAAGUUCAUCUCCGUCAUGACCAUCAUGUACGUGGGCCGCCGGUUUUCCCAAGCCCUGUCGCUUAUCAUGGCUGGGGUGUGUAUCUUGGCCAACAUCUUUGUUCCUCAAGAUCUGAGCAACCUGCGGAUGAUUUUUGCCGUGAUCGGGAAGGGCUCUCUGGCUGCUUCGUUCAACUGCGCCUACAUUUUUUCCGGAGAACUGUUCCCAACGGUGAUCAGGCAAUCUGGAAUGGGCCUGGGAGGAACCAUGGCUCGGAUCGGCAGCAUGACUGCCCCCCUGGUGAGAAUGAGUGGAGAAUUUUUCCCACCACUGCCUCUGAUCAUCUACGGAGUGGCCCCCAUAAUGUCUGGCAUUGUCACCUGCUUCCUCCCGGAGACCCGGAAUGUCCCGUUGCCUGAGACCAUCGAACAAGUCGAAAGACAGUCGCGGCCCAACGAAGAAGACGAACUGCAAAUGAAGGUCCUCCUGCCCUCUGUCAAAUCUGAGCACAUCAGAGACGAACGCUAGGGGGGUGGGGGAAUCAGACCGCCUCGCCCCCACGAUUGCCAGCACCGCACGCUACUCCCCACCACCAGGGCUAGACGCUAUUCUUCCGGGACACCUCAAGCUUGGGCUGCUGACGAGAGCUCACCAAGAGAAACCUCUGA